GGUUGGUAGUCGGAUCCUGCUUCCUGUCCUCCAUUUUGCCAGCACCCAAAAAAGCCGCUUUACUAAUCUGCCCGGCUUUGUGUGUGGUGUGUUGCACGGGGUGAAUCUGCAGAUAGUUAGCCGUUAGCCGUUUUUGUUUCGUUCUAUUGUUUUUGUGUGUUUGUGUGUGUCCCCUGUGUACUGUGUCUUUUUAUAAUGGCUACUACAAAAUCUAAAGCGAGCGAGUUGACCGCUGUGGUAAAUCCCGCAACCGCACUGCAACCGUCACCGAUCAUACAGAAGAUCUCCCCGAGCGGCAACUGCACCGCGGACGUAUCGUUCGAGGCGUACAAGCAGCCGAAGAAUCGUUCGAAACGGCGCAGCUUCUCGCCGAUGGUACACCAGGACCGGAUACCGUCACCGGAGCUGUCACCGAUCGAGCUAAGCCAAACGUUUCGCAUCUCGCCCCGUAUGAACACACCGAGGGCUACGGAGCGUCAGGACGUGGUGGGCAAGACGUACCUGUUGGCCAAACCGAUUCGUCCUCAGUACAAACGAUCGCCAAAGGAGGAUGAAGUGUACGUGGUGACACCGGUGGCCAAGCGUGAGCUGGAGCAUCGCAUCUGCGUGUCCAACAUACUGAAGGACAUGGGUCUGGAGAAGUACAUACGCAUCUUCACGAAGGAGGAAAUCAACUUCGACGUGUUUCUGACCCUGUGCGAGAAGGAUCUGCACGAGAUCGGCAUCCACUGCCAGGAGGACAUCGAGAAGAUACUGGCCAAAAUUGCCGACUACAACAUGGGCGUGGAAGGCUAGCCAAGAUGUGUGUGUGUGUAUGUGUGUGAGACAUGCAGGUCAUUGAUCUCGAUUCGCAGCGGAGGAAGCGGUCGCUUGUAUAGGAUUUUAAGUUAUGUGAUAAGCUUUCUAUGUGUGUAUUUGUGUGAUUUUAAUAAAAUGAUACUUGAAGACUUUUAGUAGGAAUAGUUAAGGAUAUGAA